AUGGCUCGACAAUAUCGUGAUCAUAAUCAAACACAAUAUGUGGUUACACGUUGGUAUCGUGCACCUGAAGUUAUUCUUGGUUAUACAGAAUAUACUCAAGCAAUUGAUCUUUGGUCUGUGGGUUGUAUUCUAGCUGAAAUGUUUGGACGAAAACCAAUAUUUUCAGGAAUAAAUACAAUUGCACAAAUUCAGUUAAUCUUUAUUAUUCUUGGUACACCACCGAAAUCUUAUUUACAAUCAUUACAUAGUGAUUGUUUUCGACGAUUAAUUUCAAGUGUUGGUAAUCGUCAACCAGCUAAUUUUAAAGCUUUAUAUCCGAAUGCAACUGAUGAUGGAAUUGAUUUAUUACGUCAAUUAUUAGUUAUUGAUCCUGAACAAAGAAUAAGUGCAAAUACAGCACUUAAACAUAGUUUUGUUAAUGAAUUUGUUAUACAAUUAGAUGAUAAUGAUGAUUUUAUGAUGGAAAAUGAUACAGAAAAAUUUGAUUCUGGUUUUGAAAGUGAAAAAUGGACAUUAGAUCAAUUACAAAAUGCUAUUCAUGAAGAAAUUGCUCAUUUUCAAAUUCGACCUACAAAUCGAACUGAAGACGAUGAUGAUGAAGAAUUAACAUCAAAUAUUGAUAAGUUACAUACUCAUGAUCAAUCAAUGGAAACUCAUCAACAAGUUGUUAUUGUUGAUUCAACACCACCUAUAACAUCAUCAGCAACUAACCUUGAAAUUGAUACAACACGUUUAGUAGAAAAGAAACGUAAACAUCGACGUAUGUUUAAUUAUUUAUAUAUAUAUAA